AUGGCUGCUCUGCUGCAGAGCGCUCUAGGAGCUCCGACUGAAGUUUUACCCACCGAGAGCCUGGCAGGUGACCCCUCGGGUGAGGAAGUGGAGUCGACCUCUGAGUCUCUGAGCUCCUCUGACCUCUGGGGCUUGAUCCUUAGUGUGACCAACAAUCACUCAGAGGAGUUUGAAGCGGAGUUCAACAACCAGGUGAAAUAUCAUAUGCUGGAGGACAUCAAGAUCCCUUCCCUCCCAAUGAGCUGCCCAAUUUCGAACUUCAGCAAGGAGGCCUGUCUCAACAGGUUGGUCAAUGGUCUGUUUGUUUACAACGUUCUUCUCAAGCAUGUGGAGAAAGAGUAUCCGAACAACUACAAAAUCUCUGAGACCAGAGCCAACUGCGGUCAGCUGGUCAACCUCAUCAAAAGAAAUAUGAAGCAUCCUGAACGUGUCAUAGAGCUGCCCAGCAGCCAGGAGGAGCAGAUUCUGCAAGAUAUCAACAGCCCUGACACCUUCCAAAGGAAGACGACUGCGCACAGCAUCCUGUUCCACCUCCGCAACUUCCUCCUCCAAGGCAAAAGAGUGAUCAGAAAAAGAGAAAACACCAGAGGACAUCUGGCACCCAUCUUCAGGUUCAGCUACUGA